AUGCCAAGAAUGAUCCACUUCAAUAAAAGCUAUGAAAAUGAAGCUAUAUCAAAAGAAGGGGGUGAUGAUGACAAAGAGACAAUGAACAAAGGGCCAUGGACGCCACAAGAAGAUACUACAUUGAGAGAUUAUGUGUCAACGUAUGGUGAAGGGAUGUGGAACUCCGUGUAUAAGAGAUCUGGGUUGGCAAGGUGUGGCAAAAGUUGUAGAUUGAGAUGGGCAAAUCAUUUAAGGCCUUAUCUGAAGAAAGGUGCAUUUUCUAAAGAGGAAGAACAAUUGGUCAUCCAGCUUCAUGCUCAGCUAGGAAACAAAUGGGCUCGAAUGGCCGUGCAGUGUUUUGCGGCAAAUGAAUCAUAUGAUUAUCAAUCUGGGAGCUACAAUCAUGGUUUAGAUUCCAAUGCUGACCUUGGAGGAUCUCCAUAUGAAUCCCUUGCUCUUGUUCAAGGCUUGAAUACAAAGUUUUCUUCGAGCUUAUCACCACCUGGCUCUACCCACCCCAAUUUCAUCAUAUUUUAG